UGUUUAUUGUCUUUGUGUUUAAGAACCUUUUUGUUUGGCCCUCGUGCCUGUUUAUUUUGUGUCGUUUUUAUUUAGUAAAAGUCUUUCUGUUUGAACUGCAGUCUGUCCAAGGAGAAACCUGAAAAUGGAGCGAGUGCUGACUGUAGUGAGCUGCUCCAGACAGUAUGAAGAGCUGCCUCAGACUACACUCACCCUGGAGCCUCCAUUCCCAGAGAUAUUCACCGGGGAGACAGUCACUCUGAGGUGUGGGGUUGAGGGGGGUUCUACUGGCUGGAAAUAUCUCUGGUACAAAGACAGUGAGGACACUCCAGGGCUCCAGACUGCUGGCUGCAGUAUAACUGGUGACAGCUACACAAUCACUGCAGCUGCUGUAUCUGACCAGGGCCAGUACUUCUGUCGAGGACAAAGAAAAAGUCGACCAAGUUUCUCUCAGCUCAGUAAUCCUGUGACAGUAACUGUGUCUGAUCAAUGGGUGAUCCUGCAGACUCCCCCCCAGCCUGUGUUUGAGGGAGACACUCUGACUCUGAGGUGUCAUGUCUGGGGUUAUACUGCGACCAGGUUUGUCUUUUAUAAAGAUAAUAAAUGGUUACAGUCCCAGGCUGACACAGAGCUGAGUGUGGAUCGUGUUUCAAAGAAUGACGAGGGGUCCUACAGGUGCACAGCGCGGUGGAGCUCCACUUAUUCUGGUGACUCUGCAGAGGUGCGGGUGUCAGUGAGAGAGGGACGACCAAAGCCAGCACUGACCCGGGAGCCUGCAGGAAAGUUAUUUGAAGGAGACACGGUCACCCUGAGCUGUGUGGUUGAGGGGGGCUCUGGUGGCUGGAGAUAUCUCUGGUACAAAGACAGGCAGGGAGCUCCAGUGUACCAGACUGACAGCAGCAGUGGAACUGGAGCCAGAUACACAAUCAGUGCUGCUGCUCUGUCCCACAGUGGAGAGUACUGGUGUGGAGCUGGACGGGGCAGGAACACGUCUUACUCACAAUACAGCGAUCCCAUCUGGGUAAAUGUAACUGCUCUGUUCUCCAGGGUGACUCUGACAGCAUCUCCAGGAGCCACAGUGAAGGAGGGAGAGGCUCUUAACCUGACCUGUGAGGCAGCAGUGAACAAAACCCCCCGCCCUCAACUCCACUACAUCAUUGUGAGAGACGGGGAGCCUGUGACUAAGAGCACUGACUCUGCACUGUACAGCAUAGCCAGCACUGAGAAGAGCCACACUGGGAGCUACACGUGUGCUGUGGAGUCACAGGGAGUGAAGAAGAGCAGCCAGGAGCUACACAUUGAACUGCAAAAUUCCUGGUCGUGGAUCAUUGCUGCUCUCAGUGUCUCGCUGGUUUUGAUUGUUAUUGCAUUCACACUGUUGCUGUUCUACCGAUACAAGACCAAAGGUUUUCUGUUCAUUGCUGCCAAAUCAAGGCGCCCUGCAGAUCAGACUCCUGCACAGCCCUCGAGGGGAACGGAGCUCUCCGGACUUGGACAGGAGCCUGGUAACUCCACAACAUUCAACAUAGAGAGUGUAUACGCAGAAGUGAAGCCAAAUGAACAGAACAAAGCUGUGCAUGUCACUGACACCCCCUCAACAUCCAGUGGUGAUGAAAUCCUUUACUCUGUGAUUGACUUAAAGAACGCAAAGCCAGCUAAACCCCGACCAAAACAUGACUGUGACGUCCUGUACUCUGCUGUCCUUGUCAAGACACCAGAAGUAAAGGAAGAGGGUCCCCAAGGAUGAAAGCCAGCCUGAAUCCAGAGACACUGAGAAGGAGUGCAUGUCAGAGAUCACAGUCCCUCCUGAAUUUAGAGAACAUCCCUGGGAUUCAGGCCUGUUCCUGGCUAUUGAAUUGGUUUGGUGAUUUUAGGACAUAAUUACUGGGCCAUUCUACAGAUAAGAAAAACAUUGUGCUUUUACUCUACAGACAAUGUUUGUUCCAAUGUAACAAGAUAUAAAAACAACCUGUGUACCUUAGAGAUCUUAACAAUUGUGAUUUUUUUAGGCUUCCAAGCCGUAUAUUUUUACCACAAUAUAAAGCAUGCUUGUAUUGUUUCUAUUAAAAAACACAUUCUUUAAUUCUUAGUUUAAACUGCUGCAUAAUAAAGUGAA